GAUGCGUAGCACAUGAAGCAGUGUACUGCACUUUAAUCUGUUGUUUUCAAACUAACCCUACUUCUUUCCCAUCUUUCUGCUGCUUCCCCCAUCCGACAGACCGAUACAUGGAAAGCAAGCUGUCACAGCGACUUAACUCUAACGUUAACGAACGUUACCAGGCGACUUGCGCAUGCAACACCCUUACUGCUGCUGUCGUAGCAAUACAACCCCAAUAGCUACGAAUUUGGGCCAUGUCGCAUCCUGAACCGGCGAUAUGGAUGAGACGACUGCUUCUUCUUCGUCGGCUCCGCUAGAGCGUUCAGUCUCACAGCAGUCGGGUGUCUCGAUAAGGAGCUACCGGUCGACCGCCCGCGCACGCAAGAAGCUCACAUCCCAGCCCUCGAGCUCGGCUUCAUCUAUCGCACCCUCCGACAAGUCUUUGAUCUCGUUUCCGUCAUUUUCUCCCGACUCACCCCGCGAUGAGCGAUCCUCCUUCCUCCGAGAUGACGACGACUCGACCGUGACCUCGUCGCGCAAGACGUCCGGCCAGAGCUUUGCCGUCUCAGAGCAGAGUGAACCGGGGCAGCAACAGGGGCCGAGCCAGGGGCAGGAUAAACGGCCACAACCCACUACGACUGUUGAUAACCUCAUCAAGAGCUCGACAACAGUAACUGACCGCGGCGCGUUAUUCGAGGAUGCGCCACUGGCCUCGCGCAAGAUCCCGGGCGCAUUGCACCACGCCGACGACCAACAUAUCGAGCGCCUGAUUGCCCGCCAUGGCGCUGUCAACCUCGUGCGUCAGAUCGCUGAAGACCUGGCCGAGCGUGAUGCCCAGAUGGCGAGUUUGCGUCGCAAGGCGGACGAAAGGGAGCGGGCGCUGCGCAAAAUCAUCCUGGAAUGUGGCCUUUCUAGUCUUGAUCUUGAGACACGGCUGCGCACGAUCGAACAAGAAGCCAAGGCGAAUGGAGCCGCCAAGGGGAUAGUCGGAGAGGGGCUCUCGGAUCUCAUGACAGACGCCAUGUCUGACGAUGUCAGGCAUCCCUUUGCCAAGGAUGCCUUCGACGACGCAACGAUCCGGGCGAAUUCGGUGCCCCUCCCUGCCCGCUCGGAGGCCGAGAAUGGCAAAGGCACGACACGAGGGUGGAAGGACUACAUCUGGGGUGGUACAGUCAAGAAGACCAGUCGCGCAAGCAGCAUGACCCGUGAAGCCAGCAAGGCACAACAGCCGGCUGUCGUCAAACCCAGCCCGCCGACGGAGCGACGGCCAGCACUGCCCGAGGACCUGUUCAACCCGCCGGGGGAAAAUUCUGGGAGAAGCUCAAGCAGGGCCUCCAGUGUUCACUCGGCGCAUGCUCCACGGAAACCAUCUCUGGCAAGCCUGGCACUCCGUCUGGUUGCAGGAGGUGCCACGGCGGCCCGCGAUGGUGAGCCUCGCGGACGCGCGAGCAGCGUACAGGGCGGGGGUUCGCUCCGGACGCCUUCCUCAUCGAGCGUGAAGACGAACACCUCCGCACGUGCUGUGUCAGCGCAGAUCGGAGGACCAAAGGCCUUGAUGGCGAUGCGUCGCACUGCUGGCGGUACAGCCCGGCCCGUGGAUGUCCCGCCUCGGUCACAGCUGCAGGAUCGCUGGGAUAUGAUGGAAUCCAGUCCUGGGGGUGACGUGGCUGCUCGGCACCAGAGCUACGGUCCGGUCGAGAUGGACACCAUCCUACCACCAGAAGUCCAGCCGCCUACACUGACGCAUAUCUACAAUAAUCACGCCGGGGCUGACUAUUUGACCGACCGCUUUGGCUUCAUUUAUGACCAGCGCAGGAAAAAGCGCCAACGUGAAGCAGCCCAGAUGGCCCGCCACGCCAAGAAAGGUAGCCGCACCGAGAUGCUGACCAACGGUCGGAGCAGUCUCUCUCCAGUCUUGCUAGAGGACAGCUCAAGUGGAAAAUGGGAUAUGAGUAGUGAAGGCAGGCCGGGAACGCCUUGUUCGUCGGAAGAGCCACGAGAAGAGGCCAAACCUAAGAGAUGGCAGGACUACUUGAAGAUUGCAACUUUCCCUACUGAGCUGCUCUCACACAUGCCGUUGAUCAGCGCUCAGGGCAUAGAGGUGUUGGAGGCCAGCGAGACACCGAAGUCACCGGCGCAAUCACCCAUAAUCGUGACUGAAGAAAGAGGCUUCUUGCCGUCGGCCACAACCACGGCCGCAAUAGCACCUAUCGAGGAGAGUCAGCCCACUUCGGAGUCUGAACAGCCUCCAGCAACACUUGCAAAGGAGGAUGCUGAGCCCGUUAGAAUGCUGCUUGAAAACCUUAACCAGCUCCACGACACCCUUCAGCGAGAGAAGACAGUACGAUGGAAUGACUUUCUCAGAAAAGUGCGAGCAGAGCGCAAACGGGACGGAGAGGCCGCGGCAGCCGCAGCGGCGGCCGCAGCCGAGGCACGUUUCCAGCGUGCCACCGCGGUGAUGCCCGAGACCCGGAUUGGCGACGGUGAGCUGAUCGGCGUCGCAAGCCUUGGCAUCCAAGGCAAAGUCGGCCGCGCCAAAGCCAAUGAAUUCAAAUCCCUCGUCCUCAGCGGCAUUCCCGUGGCCUUCCGUGCCAAAAUCUGGUCCGAAUGCUGCGGCGCCAACGCGCUGCGCAUACCAGGUUACUACGAGGACCUGGUCAACCGGUCCGAAGACGCCGACGACGCCCAAGUAGUCGCACAGAUCAAAGCCGACAUCACGCGCACCCUAACCGACAACAUCUUCUUCCGCAAAGGGCCCGGCGUUGAGAAGCUCCACCAGGUCCUCCUCGCCUACUCCCGCCGUAACCCCGACGUCGGCUACUGCCAGGGCAUGAACCUGGUCGUAGCCAACCUCCUGCUCAUCACGCCCUCCGCAGAAGACGCCUUCUGGAUCCUCGUCUCCAUGGUCGAACACAUCCUCCCGCCAAACUACUUCGACCAUUCCCUACUCGCCUCCCGCGCCGACCAAGUCGUGCUGCGGCAGUACGUCGCCGAAGUUCUCCCCAAACUCUCCGCCCACUUUGACGCCCUCUCCAUCGACCUCGAAACAAUGACCUUCCAAUGGUUCCUCUCCCUCUUCACCGACUGCCUCUCAGCCGAAGCACUCUUCCGCGUCUGGGACGUGCUGCUCUGCACCCCGCACGACGGCGGCGCGUUUUUGUUUCAAGUCGCUUUGGCCUUGCUCAAGCUCAACGAGCCCCUGCUCCUCCGCUGCGACUCCCCCGCGAACGUAUAUACCUAUAUUAACCACCAAAUGACUAACCAUGCGAUAAGCAUUGAUGGGCUGAUCCAGGCCUCGGAGGCGCUAAGGAGAUUGCUGAAGAAGGAGGAUAUUGAGGCUCGCAGGGCAAAGGCGAUUGAGGAGGAACGGGAGCAGGUGAGAAGACGCGAGGAGAGGUUGAGGGAGUAUAAGAGGAGGAAUCGUCCGUCGAUGGGUGUGCUGCAGCAACAAGCGACGGGCCUUACGGCGAGUACAAGUACAAGUGCCAUGUCGAGUAGGGACAGGGAGGUGACAGUGCGCGGCAAGGCCCAGGGUGCUCCGCCGGUGGUUAGUCAGGAGGAGGUUUUGGUUAGUGCUAGCAGUAGGGCUGUUAGUCGCUGUCCUAGUGCUAGUGGGAGUGAGGUCGCUGGAGGAGGAGGGAGGUCGCCUUUGUUAGGGGCCGUAGGGGCUGCGAAGGCGGGUGCGGCGGGUGAGGGUAAGGGGGAGGAGGCUGCCUGA